CACACACACAGUUGGUAGAGUCCGGGACGGAGCAUCAUGGCGAUUGACGGAGGAGGGAGGAACUGUGGUGUUCAUGAGCUCAUCUGUGCCAGACGAGUCUCUCCUGAGCUUCUGGGUGUCCUGUCUUCCAUUGCAGCCUUCAUGGCGUUGAUAGCUCUGUUUUUUCUUUACCUCAGCAACAAGCUGUCAGUGGAGAGUCCUGCCGAUCUGUCACAUCUCAGUGGCUAUGAGAACAACCAGCCAGGUACUCAACACACAUAAAGAGAAAAGAGAAGUUAGUAUUGGGGGAAAAACAUGAAGGAUGAGAAUGAAAUGUGUUAAACGUUAGGUAGAGGCUGAACUUGUGACUAAACUGAGGCCAACAGUUUUGACAUUUUCUUGUGUUUUUCGAGUGCUUCUAUCCCAGUUCAUAAAUGAAUGUACAUUUUAUUUUGGUUGCUUUCUAAACCCCUAUUAUAAUGUCUGAACAUGAGAAUAUGAAAACACUGUGUUACAAAACUAUCAUAUCAUAGUCUUUACUAUCGCCAUAUGGUUUGUAUGCAUGUGUUGAUCUCAGCACCCACUGUGAUGCUGGCACGGCACCCUGCUAACACCCACAUGUCCAUGUCAGAGCCUCUGAUGAGCUAAUCUAGCGGCCAGCGUGUUGACGGGAUCCCCGGCCGAGAGAUGGCCUUCUUUAAGAGCUUCCAGCAGAACCUUCCAUCUGUCAACAUUUCCUCCCUCUUGGACACAGUCACCAGCCGCGUGGACGACCUGGCCAACGCUGUCAGCGACGCCACAUACGCCGUCAGCGACCAGCUGACCGAGCAGGUCACCACCAUCAUCAGCAAGGUGCAAGAUGAGGAAGAUGCGGAAAACAGCGGCCAGGAGUCUGGUCAGACUUCCACAGCACAGGAAGGAGGAAGCAAGGCCAGCAACGCGGCGUCAAAGACCAACCAGUCCAGUGAUACUAAAGAGGCUGAGUGCGCUCCGAGCCAGCAGGAGUGGGAAUGGAGGGACGGAUGCUGGCGAGUUAAAAAGACAGAAGCCGAGUUAGCAGAGGAAAAGAAGAGGAAGAAAGAGGAGAUGGAGCUGCAGGAGAAGAAAGAGCAGAGGAGAAAAGAAAGGAGAGAAAAGCUGCUGGAGAAAGAAGCCAAGGCACAGAAGAACAAAGACGAAUGCCCAGAUGGAGAGCAAGAAGAGGAAGCUGAUGCUUUAGAGAAAACCGACACCAGUAGUGGACAGGGCAGAAAGGCGAGCGGCGGCGGAGACCACUCCAUCGCUCAGCAAAGAGGCGAUGAUGACUGCGUCGAACCUCCUCCGUCCCCUGGUCCUGAGACUGAAAGCAGGUUAUCAAAACAGAAAAAGCUAACAGAAGAGAAAGAGGUGGAAGACAGUCUUGAGAGAGAGGGAGACGACGAGGAAGAGGCUGAGCUUUCUAGAUCUUCCUCAACAGUGAAAAAGACAAAGUCAGACAAGAAGAAGAGGAAAGGAGAAAAGGAGGGUUUGAAGAAAUCGGAGGAAGCCUCAGACGUGGAGAAAAAGAAGGAGAAAGGGAAGAAAAGCAAGAAGAAAAAGAAAGGAAACCAAGUGCUAAACAAACGCAAACAGUCCACUGAUCAGGGAGGCUACAGCAGCGAAGCCUCCAGCGAACGGGCCAGCAGCAUCCAGAGAAUAAAGAAGAAUUCCUCCCUCAGUGAUCCCCAGCCUCCCCCGUACCAGGACGAGGGCUCGGCGCCGCGCGUGUCCUCUCGUUCCCGCUCGGAGCGAGGCGUCCGGAGGGGGUCGUCCCCCCAGCACUGCGACAGUCCCCGCUGCUCCAGCGAGGUCAGUGUGGACCAGGACACCGAGAGCUACCUCAACAAAGGCUGUGGGGAGGACAUUCCCAGUGACAGCACCGCUGUGCUGGGACCAGAGGACGGCUCUGGUUCUCAGCUCCCUACAGCCUACGAGCCAGAGCCAUUUGCCAAAUACGGCACGCUGGACGUCGCUUUCGAGUACGACUCCGGUGAGCAGUGGUUGGCCGUCACAGUCACCGCGGCGACAGACAUCCCUGCUCUCAAACAGACGGGCAACAUUGCGUGGCAGGUCCACCUGGUCCUGCUGCCCACCAAGAAGCAACGGGCCAAGACGGGCGUGCAGAAGGGUCCGUGUCCAGUCUUCACGGAAACAUUCAAGUUUUCCAGGGUGGAACAGGAGGCCCUGGGGGACUACGCUGUUCGCUUCCGCCUGUACAGCAUCAGGCGGAUGAAAAAGGAGAAGGUCCUGGGAGAGAAGGUGUUCUACCUGACUAAGCUCAACCUGCAGGGCAAGAUCGCUCUACCUGUCACCCUGGAGCAGGGCUCUGAACUUACAGGUUGCGGCUCUGUAGUGAGCGUGUCUCGCAGUGCAGGAGCUCUGUCCUAUCGCUCUACUGAAGACUCGUCCUUGCCAGAGAUCCUCCUGGGUCUCCUCUACAACUCUGCCACGGGACAGUUAUCUGCUGAGGUCAUCCAGGGAAGCCACUUCAAAACCACAGCGUCUGAUAAACCCGUCAAUGGUCUGUUCUGUUGUAUAAAACACUUCGUAGGGGGGCAGCUUUAUAUCAUGAGAGACACCUACGUGAAGCUGACCAUGCUGGACUCCAAGGGGAAAGAGAUGUCCAAGUGUAAGACGGCUGUGUGCCGCGGCCAGCCCAACCCCACCUACAAGGAGACGUUUUUGUUCCAGGUGGCGCUCUUCCAGCUGUCCGAGGUGUCCCUGGUGUUGUCUGUGUUCUGCCGCCGGAGCAGCAUGAGGCCCAGGGAGAGGCUGGGCUGGGUCUCCCUGGGCCUCAACAGCACCGGCGAGGAGCAGCAGGCCCACUGGACAGAGAUGAAAGAGGCGGAGGGACAGCAGGUCUGCCACUGGCACACACUUACCGACACAUAGGAGGGCGAUUUAUGCAGAGUGACAUUAACAACAUUCCCUGGCUGGUCAGAGUUUUGGGGGAGCAGGAAGCACCUUGUGAGAUGUGAGAUGUGUGAUAUGUGUGUGUGUGUGUGUGUUGCAUACAGGUGUGAGGGCAGGCAUGGGUUUCCUGCCAGAGACUGCAUGAAUACCCUUUAAUCUGCCACUUCUCUUUGAGGGCGACAGACUGACUUUAUUGGUGGAGGUGUAAGCUCUAGCACCAGCCUUUUUAAUGACAGAAAAAGGCAGUGGCAGACUGAAAAUUAAUGACAUUAUAAUUACCGAACUAACCAAGAACACAAGGAGGUUUUCCAGUAAUUCUGCCUAGCGCAAGAUAUGCAUGUACACUGACUGUUUACUGUUUUUGAAUCUUGGACCAAAGAGCUCGGUCCAUGACUAGCGGACACCUCCCUGUCUCUCCUGGGCUUCUUUGGACUUCCGCUGCCACCAGCAUACCAGACAUUUCUCUAUCAGUCAUAGCCAUUGACAAAAGAGAAGGCAAUGAAAAGACUGUUAAUAAGGGCCUACGACAUGCUGCAACUAUGCUUACAAGCUAUGCUUUGUACAGUUUGUUUACAUGCACAUGACAUUAUGCAAGAUCCAUUCAUAGGUUUCCCCUUUUAUGUUUUUGGAUUAUCAGUCAAAUGGUUUACCAGAUUUAUGGGUGUCUCUCUGGGGUAUGUAAGACAGCUUUUUUUUUUUUUUUUUAAAUGUGGUCUGGCAUAACUCGGUACACUAUGCAUCUGACGCCACUAUAAACGAGAGGGAUGAAAUUCUGUCUUGCGCUCGCUGAGUCUCUUACAGAAUUGGACACAGCUCUGCAUGCCAAUGGUAUCAAAGAACAGCUUCCUUUCCUGUGUAAUACAGAUUGAGCCUGUUUCACCAUUCAGCCUUCUGACAACUCAGCCAUGUUCAUUCAUGCAGAAACACGGUGCUUCCCGCUGAGGAGGAAUAUGCAAAAGCCUGCGCGGUCCAAUAAUCCUGGCUGUUUCCAUGAGGCCGAGAGAACAGUGUAGACUGUGAAGUGAGUUGGAGGGGCAAAAUGAAAUUGCAGUAUAAAAAAAAACUAAAGAAAUACGUAAAUCAUAUUUUCUGAUUACAAAGUGAAUGGAUGAGGGAUUAUUAAAUACAAGCUAAAAUAAAUGAAAACAUUGUCCAGAAGUGUGAGAAAUCUGGUUAUACCUGCACUGUUUUCAUCUGGAACAAAGCUAAUUUUUAGCCCUCAUCAGAAAAGAAAAGCUAUGAGUCAGAAAAAUCCCCCCCUCCCCCAAAAGACUACUGAAGACCACACAGCCACACCCCAUGUUUCAGUCAGAAGUAUGAAACCCUCUCUCCUCUUUCCUCUGGCUUGAAGCCAAGGGCUAUGGGAUGCAUUUUUCUUUCUCAUUGACCCAGUGAACCUCUCCUCUGGGUUAAGAGUGUUGCAACCACACCUCACCCCUUCAGUUCUCUUGAGGGGCAAAAGUUCUACAAAUUAAAUUUUUUUAUUCAUUAUAAGAUGAAUUAAAACCAGAUGUCUAGCAUUCCUGCCAGAUGAACAAUUGGCUUUUGAUUCCAGAAACGGAAAUAACAGCACGGCACGGAGUGCAUUCAUCCCAAGUUUGGCUUGCAUUUUGCACAAUUUGUGCAUUACCAGCAUUUACAACCACUGGCGGAAUAUUUUUUACACUUUGGGAAAAGACUAAUACCGCUCUCAUGUCUGUCUGAUAACUAUGAAGCUAACAGUUAGCUUACACUUACAGACAGCAGCCGGUUAGUUUAGCACGAAGACAGGAAACGAUUAGACAGCUAACCUGGAUCUUGUCAAAAUCCGCCUACCAGCAUCCAUUGACAUGCAUCUUGUUUGUAGUUUUUACAUUUCGGUUGUUACGGAUUAAAUCAUUUGUCAUUGCACAGGGAGUUAACAGUUAUGUACUAGACUAUUUCUCAGUCCUGACCAGUAACGCCUGGCAGUUUCUGCUGGUUCCCGUCCAAGAAAUAGUCCGGCCCAUAACCCCCCGUAAAAGGGCUAAUUGUACACAUUGGUUUUAAAUGGAUUAAACAUAUAAUGUGUUAUUUUAUGAGCUUUAAAGGUGCUGGUAGGCGGUUUUGUUUCCUUUAGACAGAGCCAGACCAGCCAUUUACCCGUGUGUCAAGUCUUUAUGCUAAGCUGCCUAGCUGCUAGCUUCAAUUUCACAAUGCAGACGUCACUAUUUUCUCAUCAAGCAAGCUAUCCCUCUGUCAAAAAAAAGAAGCAAAUAAAACCCCAUUUCCAAAAGGUCGAACAAAUUCUAAAGCUCUGAUUUACUUUACUUAUUUUAAGACAUUAUCAAAUAGUCAAAGUGUGCAGGAAUGUGUUUUGUAAAUAUGGAGAAAAUAAUGAGGCCAUAAGUCAGAUAAUGUUUUAUCAAUGUUGAGUUUUUAUUUCCAUUAAUCUGGCCUUCAAUGGUAUGUUUGACACUGUCAUCAGUCAUCAUCAUCAUCAUCAUCAUCAUCAUCAUCAUCAUCAUCAGUCUGGCACAGCGCAAGCAGCGUUGCAGGUGGCUGGAGCCUCUCACAAAGUGGUGGAUCAGACCCAGGAGCACAUAGUUUCACAACUCCUACCACCUAGCAGAGUGACUGCGGCCUUCCAGGGAAAUGUAUCCGAUCUGAUCCACGGAAAACCAGCUGUGCCACAGACCCUAGAGGGGGGAAACCAGGGACUGGAGGUAUGGGAGGUUCUGACUUCCAAAAUACCAGCUGAUCCUAUUUAUGCCCCAGGACAGGUUUCAUCAGCCAGGUAAUUACGAGCCCCCGAGCUCCA